CGUCCUCAGUCCUCUUUUCAUCUUACCAACGACAAACAAACACUCCUUUGCGAGAAUGAUGGGCCCCGGUGGACGCAUGCAACCACAAAUCAUCCUGCUGAAGGAAGGCACCGACUCGUCGCAGGGCAAGCCGCAGCUGAUCAGCAACAUCAAUGCGUGCCAGAUCAUUGUCGACGCCGUGCGCACCACCCUCGGUCCCCGCGGCAUGGACAAGCUCGUCGUUGACGGCCAUGGCAAAACCACCAUCUCAAACGACGGCGCUACGAUCAUGAAGCUGCUCGACAUUGUUCACCCCGCUGCAAAGACGCUUGUCGACAUUGCCAAGUCGCAGGACGCUGAGGUCGGCGAUGGUACCACCAGUGUGGUGCUGCUCGCUGGCGAGUUCCUGAAGGAGGCCAAGCCUUUCGUCGAGGACGGCGUGCACCCGCAGGUCAUUGUCCGUGCCAUCCGACAGGCCACCGCCCUCGCCGUCGCCCGCAUCCGUGAGAUUGCCGUGCUCAUCCAGCGCGCCGAUCCCAAGGAACAGCGCGAGUUGCUCGUCAAGUGCGCCGCUACUGCCAUGAACUCGAAGAUUAUUGCUCGCCAGAAGGAGUUCUUCUCCCAGGUGGUUGUCGACGCCGUCCUCUCGCUCGACAAGGAUUUGCCCCUCAGCAUGAUUGGCAUGAAGAAGGUCCAGGGUGGCGCACUCGAGGAGAGCGUGCUCGUCCCCGGUGUUGCCUUCAAGAAGACCUUCUCGUACGCCGGCUUUGAGAUGCAGCCCAAGAGCUACACCUCCCCCAAGAUUGCCCUUCUUAACAUUGAGCUCGAACUUAAGGCUGAGCGUGACAAUGCCGAGAUUCGUGUCAAGUCUGUCGAUGAAUACCAAGCAAUCGUCGAUGCAGAGUGGAAGAUUCUGUACGACAAGCUCGAAAAGAUUGUCGCGAGCGGCGCAAAGGUCGUCCUGUCCAAGCUGCCGAUUGGCGAUGUUGCCACGCAGUUCUUUGCCGACCGCGACAUUUUCUGCGCUGGCCGUGUGGCUGACGAGGAUUUGAAGCGAACAAUGAAGGCAUGCGGUGGCGCCAUUCAGUCGUCCGUCAACGACUUGCAAGAGAGCGUUCUCGGCACCUGCGAGUCGUUCGACGAGCGACAGGUCGGUGGCGAGCGCUACAACUUUUUCACGGGCACCCCCAAGAGCAAGACGUGCACCAUCAUCAUCCGUGGUGGCGCCGAGCAGUUCCUGGAAGAGACCCAACGCUCGCUGCACGACGCCAUCAUGAUUGUCCGACGAGCGCUCAAGAGCGACUCUGUUGUUGCUGGUGGCGGUGCCAUCGAGAUGGAGCUCUCUCGCUACCUGCGCGAGUACUCGCGCACGAUUGCCGGCAAGCCGCAACUCGUCAUCUCGGCCUUUGCCAAGGCCCUCGAGGUCAUCCCCCGUCAGCUGUGCGACAACGCCGGCUUUGACUCGACCAACAUCCUCAACAAGCUGCGCUUCAAGCACGCUCAGGCUGACGGCACCUGGUUUGGUGUUGACAUUUUCAACGAGGACAUUACCGACACGUUCAAGACGUUCGUUUGGGAGCCCGCACUUGUCAAGAUCAACGCCAUCACCGCCGCCUCCGAGGCCGCUUGCCUCAUUCUGUCGGUCGACGAGACGAUCAAGAACACCCCCGCACACAACCCUGCUGACGGCCCGCCGGCCGGCCGUGGUCGUGGACCACCGAUGAUGGGCGGCCAUGGUCAUUAAACGAGUAAUGUCCUUGUUGCCUCUCGCAACUCUGUAGCUUUUACCCCCAGCGUGUGUUCGCAUGAAGUUUUUUUUUUGUUUUGUUCUUUUGUGUUUGCAGCAACAAAAAAGAAGAAAAGUUGAACGAAAAGAUCAAGAUCUACAGUAUGGGUGUUGGUUUUAUACAUGUAUUGGCGAAGAGCGAUGUUGAAGGUUGUUUAAAGCACCCGCAUCCACAAUGCCUCGGUCG